AAGGUCUCACCCUGCGUYCUGGAAGAAUGUCAGAGAGCAGCCAGCAGCAGAACCUGGUGCUCAUUAAGGAGCUGGAGCUCAUCCUGGAUUCCUGCAAACUGGAGCUCACAGCGGUGGAUGAAGUCUGGCCCAAUUUGUACCUAGGAAAUGUGGCUGUGGCACAGAACAGAAAGACAUUACAUAAGCUUGGCAUCACUCACGUCCUGAAUGCAGCUCAUUCCAAGCAGGGCAGCAUCGGCGACCAGAGCUUCUAUGGAGACACGUGUGUUUACUUCGGCAUCGCGGCAGAAGAUUCAGACCACUUUGACCUCAGCCAGCACUUCAAAUCUGCUGCAGACUUCAUACAAACAGCCCUAAAGAGCCAAGACGGAAAGGUGUUGGUGCACUGCAUCAUGGGCGUGAGUCGAUCGGCCACCUUGGUCCUGGCCUACCUCAUGAUGAGGAAGCAUCUCUCUCUGAAAGAUGCUCUGAGACAUGUUGUCCAAAAACGAGCCAUUUUCCCCAACCGGAACUUCCUGUCGCUCCUCCUAAAGUUGGAUGAACAGCUGACACAAAAAAGGAGAUUGUGUCCUCUUCUCUGACAUUUUUCUUUCUUUUCAUUAAUGUUUAUUUACCCAUUAGUUUCUUUAGGACAUCUUUAUGUGUUGCACAUUUGAUAGUGAUUGUUUUUUUAACAGUAACAGGCUUUUAAAUUUAGACAUUUAAUGUUUGUAUAUUUAUUCCUGCUGUGUUUUAUCAACUGUUGAGUUCGUUUUGUUGAGCUCUUCGAGUAAGUUGCGCAAUUUACACUCCAAUUAAUUACAAAGUUCAACUUAAAUGUGCUGACUGGAUAGUUAGCCUCUUUAUGAAAUACAGUAUGUGUAGAACAACACAAUCUCGUUUUUGCUGAUGUGACCCAGAAACUUGAUAGAGCUAAACAAAUAUGGAGAAAUUUAUCAAAAACAUAAACUAUAUGAGGCACAAAAUGAUGCUGUAAUUCAGUUUGAAUUUGCUCUUUAGAAUAACCUCUUGGACCAAAAAUAAAAGGAAAACAGUCUUUUUUAUUUCUGAAUCCAACCGAGCAACUUUUUCUUGAACAUUUGCAUUUUUAGAGACUGCUUCUUUGUGCUUUGAAGGGACAAAAUGCCUAAUAUAACCAUUUAUGUUUGGGCUUAAAUAGUGCAUCAGUUGCUCAUUUCUGAGGCGUGUGGUGUUUAUUUUUAGUGAGUAUGGGAUCUCUGCUAUAAUGUUGUUGUUUUUUGUCUUUGUAAAGCUCAGCACUUUUUUAUUCACCAGAUGUCCACCUUUUUAAGCACAAGCUGAAAAUUAUGUCAUAGUCAAGUUAAAGUUCUGGAGGACAAAUGAGUAAGAAAAAAACAGCCAAAGUUUAAAGAACUUUUUUUUAAAAGACCACCUGAUUAAAAAAAAUCAAAUAGUUUUUGAAAGCAAGGUAACAGAUUUAUGACAUGGAAAAUAAAAUGUUAUGAUGUGUWUUUACUAUAUUUUGAAGCUGAAACUGCCACUGAUCAUGCUGUAGAAAAAUAAUACUCCACUCUUAUUUUUAGACUUUCAGAUGCAAGUAGUGAAAACACCUCUUGUGGUUUUGCUUGUCAAUAAACACACACAAAAAGUU